AUGGCUCGAUUCGAAGAGGAACUAUCCAACCGGCGUGGAGGGGUCUGUCAAGCGGGCCCACCAAGGGGGGCAGGUCGGCCAGCAGGCCCCCCAAGCGGCCCUAGGGUGUACAAACAAUCAAUGGCCCAAAGAGCCAGGACAAUGGCCAUUUACAACCCCAUCCCUGUCAAGCAGAGCUGUCUUACUGUCAACCGGUCUCUCUUCAUCUUUAGUGAGGAUUGUAUCAUACGGAAAUAUGCCAAAAAGAUUACAGAAUGGCCUCCAUUUGAAUACCUGAUCCUGGCCACCAUUAUAGCCAACUGCAUCGUCCUUGCAUUGGAGCAGCACCUACCAGCCGGCGACAAGACCCCCAUGUCAGAGCGCUUGGACGACACAGAGCCCUAUUUUAUUGGAAUAUUUUGUUUUGAAGCUGGCAUUAAGAUCAUCGCCCUUGGCUUUGCGUUUCACAAAGGCUCCUAUCUCCGGAAUGGCUGGAAUGUAAUGGACUUUGUGGUGGUGCUAACAGGGAUGCUGGCUACAGUGGGAGCAGACUUUGACUUGAGAACUCUGCGGGCGGUACGGGUCCUGAGGCCACUGAAACUGGUGUCUGGAAUCCCUAGUCUUCAGGUGGUUCUGAAGUCCAUCAUGAAAGCCAUGGUGCCUCUGCUGCAGAUCGGUAUGCUGCUCUUCUUCGCUAUCCUCAUGUUCGCCAUCAUCGGCCUGGACUUUUACAUGGGCAAGUUCCACAGGACCUGCUUCAGGAUUGAUACAGGUGAGCAGGCAGCAGAGUUCCCCUGUGGUAUGGAGGCUCCAGCGAGGACCUGUGAGAAUGGCACUGUGUGUCAGGAAUACUGGAUCGGCCCCAACUACGGCAUCACCAACUUCGACAACAUCCUCUUUGCUAUUCUCACCGUCUUCCAGUGCAUCACCAUGGAGGGAUGGGUGGACAUCCUCUAUAACGCCAAUGAUGCCUCAGGCAACACCUGGAACUGGCUCUACUUCAUCCCCCUCAUCAUCAUCGGAUCCUUCUUCAUGCUCAACCUGGUGCUGGGAGUCCUGUCUGGGGAGUUUGCCAAGGAGCGUGAGCGUGUGGAGAAGAGGCAGGAGUUUCUGAAGCUUCGCAGGCAGCAGCAGAUCGAGAGGGAGCUGACUGGAUACCUGGAGUGGAUAUGCAAGGCAGAGGAAGUGAUGCUGGCGGAGGAGGACAAGCACGCUGAAGAGAAGUCCCCUCUGGAUGGAGCGUGGUACAAAAGGAAACAUAACAACCCAGGUCAGGAGUAUACCAGGGCCCUGAGUUGGUCAAUGUUGAAAAGAGCAAAGAAGAGCAAGAAUGACCUGAUCAAUGCUGAGGAGGGCGAGGACCACUUCACUGACAUCUCAUCUGUUGUUCCUCCAGGGUCUCCGUUCGCCCGGGCCAGCCUGAAGAGCAGCAAGAACGGCAGUGCCUCCUACUUCCGGAGGAAAGAGAAGCGGCUCCGCUUCACCAUCAGACACCUGGUCAAGGCUCAGAGCUUCUACUGGACAGUGCUGUGUCUGGUGGGCCUCAACACACUGUGUGUGGCCAUCGUCCAUUACGACCAGCCUGAGUGGCUCACAUAUGCACUGUAUUUGGCAGAGUUUGUAUUCCUGGGCUUGUUUCUGACUGAGAUGUCCAUGAAAAUGUAUGGACUAGGACCCAUGAGCUACUUCCAUUCGUCUUUCAACUGUUUUGAUUUCGGAGUGAUUAUAGGCAGUAUUUUUGAGGUGAUCUGGGCAGUUGUGAAACCUGGGGCCUCCUUCGGCAUCAGCGUCCUGAGAGCUCUCCGUCUGCUCAGGAUUUUCAAAGUCACUAAGUAUUGGAACUCUCUGAGGAACCUGGUGGUCUCUCUACUCAACUCCAUGAAGUCCAUCAUCAGCCUGCUGUUCCUCCUCUUCCUCUUCAUCGUGGUGUUUGCCCUACUGGGCAUGCAGCUCUUUGGGGGACUGUUUAAUUUUGACGAGGAGACGCCAACAACAAACUUUGACACCUUUCCAGCAGCCAUUCUCACAGUUUUCCAGAUUCUGACAGGAGAGGACUGGAAUGCGGUGAUGUAUCAUGGGAUAGAGUCCCAGGGGGGCGUGCGCCGGGGAAUGUUCUCCUCCAUCUACUUCAUCGUUCUCACCCUGUUUGGAAACUACACUCUCCUCAAUGUCUUCUUGGCCAUCGCUGUUGACAACCUUGCAAACGCACAGGAGCUCACUAAGGAUGAGGAAGAGCAGGAGGUGGCCAUCACCAAGAAGAUGGCCCUCCAGAAGGCCAAGGAGGUCAAGGAGGUCAGCCCCAUGUCGGCCGCAAACAUCUCCAUCACAGCUUUUGUAAAGCAAAGUCAAGGUGCACUCUCUAGCAGCUCGUCCGUCUGCAGCGUUAAUUCACUUAAGGAGCAGCAGAAGUCUCUGAAGAUGAUGUCAGUUUGGGAGCAGCGAACCACUCAGCUGAGGAGACAUAACCUGCGGGCCAGCAGUGAGGCCCUGUAUAGCGAGCUGGACCCUGAGGAGAGGCUUCGUAUGUCCUCCGCCCUGCACAUCCGCCCUGACAUGAAGACCCACCUGGACCGGCCCCUGGUGGUGGAACCCCAUGACGGCCCCGGCCCUAUGGGCCAACACAAGCCCCGGACCCCUGAGGAGACGGAUACCCCUGAGGACCCGGCCGGCCCCCAGCCACGCAGGCACCACCGCCACCGGGACAGGGAGAGACCCAUCGACGAGGCCAAUGAGAAUGGCGAUCCAGGCAAAGAGGGUAGGCACCAUGUCCACCACAGUCGUAGCAAGGACCCAGACGGCACCCGGGGCAAGGAGGGGAAGAGUGAGCGGUCACGCAGCCGAGAGGGGGGCAGGAGGCACCACCACCAGACCUUAGUGGAUGAGGGAGGAGGAGGGGGGACGGGGGAGAGAGAGCACCGCCACCACCACUCCCACAGACAGGCCAGAGAGGGCAACGGCACUGUCAACAGCGGAGGCAAGGGCGAGCGCAGGUCACGCCACAAAGAUGGCCGCUCGGGAGAGAGGUGCUCCAGGGGAGAGAACGGAGCCAAUGGGGAGAGGAAGAGACACAAGACCCACGGCUCAAGGGGCCAGUCCACACUGGAGGGAGAGGACCACAGUGAGAGAGAGAAGGGGAGGGGCCACAGAUAUGUGGAGUCUGAGGGCGACUCCCUGGCCAUCAGCCCCCAGCAGGACCCUGGAGAUCAGAGGUGGGGCACCGAGGGACCUGAAGACUCAGACAACCAGAGGAACGUCAGACGGACUGGACAGACGGCCGUCAACAUCCCCCCUGUCACCAUCACCCCCCCACCCGGGGAGACUACCCUUAUACCCAUGAACAGUAUAGACUGUGAGACCAUGCCUAUGAACGAGGAGAAGAAGACCCUGGAGGAGCGGACUCAGAGUGGACCCAGACCCAUCCUGCCUUACAGCUCCAUGUUUGUGUUUGGCCAGGCCAACGUGGUGCGGCGUCUGUGUCAUUAUAUUGUCAGCCUGCGGUACUUUGAGAUGUGUAUCCUGGUAGUGAUAUCCAUGAGUAGCAUUGCAUUGGCUGCAGAGGACCCUGUCCAGGCCAACGCUCCGCGCAACAAUGUGCUCAAGUAUCUGGACUACGUCUUCACGGGAGUUUUCACAUUUGAGAUGGUGAUUAAGAUGGUUGACCUGGGCCUCCUGCUCCAUCCUGGUUCUUACUUCAGAGAUCUCUGGAACAUUCUGGACUUCAUUGUGGUCAGUGGCGCACUGGUGGCAUUUGCAUUUUCAGGGUCCAAAGGAAAGGACAUCAGCACCAUCAAGUCCCUCAGAGUUCUGCGAGUAUUACGGCCCCUCAAGACCAUCAAACGCCUACCCAAGCUGAAGGCUGUGUUUGACUGUGUGGUCAACUCCCUGAAGAACGUGUUCAACAUCCUCAUAGUCUACAUGCUCUUCAUGUUCAUCUUCGCUGUCAUCGCCGUGCAGCUGUUCAAGGGCAAGUUCUUCUACUGCACCGAUGAGUCCAAGAGCCUGGAGAAAGACUGCAGAGGUAAUUUCCUGGACUAUGAUAAAGAUGAGGUGGCCGCCCAGCCUCGGGUGUGGAAGAAGUAUGAGUUCCACUAUGACAACGUGCUUUGGGCCUUCCUCACUCUCUUCACUGUGUCCACCGGAGAGGGCUGGCCUGAUGUUCUGAAGCACUCUGUGGAUGCUACCUUUGAGGACCAGGGUCCCAGUCCAGGCUACCGUAUAGAGAUCUCCAUCUUCUACGUGGUCUACUUCGUGGUCUUCCCCUUCUUCUUCGUCAACAUCUUUGUGGCCUUGAUCAUCAUUACCUUCCAGGAGCAGGGAGACAAGGCCAUGUCAGAGUGCAGCCUGGAGAAAAACGAGAGAGCCUGCAUUGACUUUGCCAUCAACGCCAAGCAAAUGACGCGUUACAUGCCAGAGAACGUGCAGUCCUUCCAGUACCGGAUGUGGAAGUUUGUGGUGUCACCUCCGUUUGAGUACUCCAUUAUGAUCAUGAUUGCCCUGAACACCGUUGUGCUCAUGAUGAAGUUCCAUGGAGCUCCAGACUUCUACGAGGCCAUGUUGAAGCACUUCAACAUCGUCUUCACUGCCCUCUUCUCUCUGGAAUGCAUUCUGAAGAUCAUUGCUUUCGGCCCGCUGAAUUACCUGAAGGAUGCCUGGAACGUGUUUGACUUUGUGACAGUGCUGGGAAGUAUAACUGACAUUGUGGUCACAGAAAUCAAUACAACGGACCGGCUGUUGAAUCUGAGUUUUCUGAGGCUGUUCAGAGCAGCUCGUCUCAUCAAGCUGCUGAGGCAGGGAUACACCAUCCGUAUCCUGCUGUGGACCUUCGUCCAGUCCUUCAAGGCCCUGCCCUAUGUUUGCCUUCUGAUAGCGAUGCUGUUCUUCAUCUAUGCCAUCAUUGGUAUGCAGGUGUUUGGAAACAUUGAGCUCAACGAGGACACAGCCAUCACUCACCACAACAACUUCCGCACUUUUCUUCAGGCCCUCAUGCUGCUGUUCAGGAGUGCCACAGGGGAGGCGUGGCAUGAGAUCAUGCUGUCGUGUUUGAGUCACAGAGCCUGUGAUGAGAGGUCAGGCAACCUGGGGAAGGAGUGUGGCAGUGACUUCGCCUACUUCUACUUUGUGUCCUUCAUCUUCCUCUGCUCUUUCCUGAUGCUCAAUCUGUUUGUGGCUGUCAUCAUGGAUAACUUUGAGUACCUGACUCGAGACUCAUCUAUACUGGGGCCUCAUCAUCUGGAUGAGUUCAUCCGUGUUUGGGCUGAGUACGACCCUGCUGCCUGUGGCCGUAUCAAGUACCUUGAUAUGUAUCAGAUGCUCCUCCACAUGUCCCCACCCUUAGGUUUGGGAAAGAAAUGUCCGCCAAGAGUCGCCUACAAGCGGCUAGUCAAGAUGAACAUGCCCAUCGCCGAUGACAACACAGUCCACUUUACCUCCACUCUCAUGGCCCUGAUCCGCACGGCCCUGGAGAUCAAACUGUCCUCAGGGAUGGUUGCCCAGCGUCUUUCUGAUGCUGAACUGAAGAAAGAGCUCUCUACAGUUUGGCCAAGCCUUUCACAGAAGACUAUGGAUCUGUUGGUUACACCACACAAACCCAAUGAGCUUACUGUUGGAAAGGUGUAUGCAGCCCUGAUGAUCUUUGACUACUACAAGCAGAACCGAGCCAAGAGGCCCAAGGAGCAGCAACAACAGCAACAGAAUGCUGCCGGCUCCCAGGGUAAGGUGGGGGCUCUGUUUAAACCAAUACUGCCCCUGACUUACAAGCAGGAGAAAGAGAAGGAGAAGUCCAUCAACAACAUGGAGCCUCCCUGUGAACUACUUCCUCAGCCCCAGCCUCAGGCCCUACCUAGACCCAGCUCCACCCUGCUCAACAACAUAGAGCCUCCCUGUGAACUACUUCCUCAGCCCCAGCCUCAGGCCCUACCUAGACCCAGCUCCACCCUGCUCAACAACGGAGGCACACUGCCAGGCCAAGAUGGCACCAUGAAAGGAUCAUCCUCCUGGGUGUCAGAGAAGUCUAGAGAGGUCCACAGACCCAAGAAUAAGAGACCCGUCCAAAGGGGCCAGUCUGAAGAUGUCCCAAACACAACCCUUCCCCAGGAGUCAGUGGAGAUGAGGAAGAUGGACACCAGUGACAACACAGUGCCUGGUCCUGGGUCUGGACUGGAGAGCCAGGGGAGGGCUGUGUCCAUGCCCCGCCUCAAUGCAGAGCUGCAGAGGAGCCAUUCACGCCACUCCCCGGGGACCCUGCUGGCCCCUGUUCCUGACUGCAGCCCGAUGAAGCGCUCUGCGUCCACCCAUGCCCCACAGCGCCCCCAGGAGGCGAACAUGCGUGAUUACACCCUGGAGACGCCCAGCAUCCAGGAAAGGCCUCACCACCACCACCACCACCGCUGCCACCACCGCAGAGAGAGGGACAAGAAGCAGCGGUCACUCGACAGGACGCCAAGCACCGCUGGCACACCAGGAGACCCGGCUGCAGAGCCCUCGUCUAGAGACAGGGUGCAGGACCGCGGCCGCUCCCAUGAGAGGAAGCACCACUCGACGGCGGGGGAGAAGCAGCGGUACUACUCCUGCGAUCGCUACGGCAGCAGGGAACACUGCCACACCACCAAGUCUGCCACCGCCAGCUGUGCAACCUCCCCCAGCGAGGUGCAGGACCCCAGCAUCAACAAGCAGGGUAGUGGUUCGGUUAAAUGCAGCCCAGUGAUGAUGACCUCAGGGGCUAGCACACCCAGCCGUGGACGCAGGCAGCUACCCCAAACCCCCCUGACCCCCCGCCCCGGGGUGGCCUACAAGACUGCCAACUCCUCCCCUGUGCACUUUGUGUCUGCCCAGUGUGGCAGCGGCCUGCCCACCCAGAGUCCUGGCCGGCUGAGCCGCGGGCUGUCUGAGCACAACGCCCUGCUGCACAGUGGCUCCUCCCACAUCCCCUCCCCUGUCACCCGCAUCAGCUCCGAGCCCUUCCUGGGCUACAGUCACAGGGAAGCCCAGGGCCAGGGCAGUCUGUACUGCAGCCUCCGGGACGAGCUGCUGAGCCCCUAUGCUGCCAGAGUACGCUCCCCUCGGACCGCACUGCCUCAGAUGGGGCCGGGGCCCCUCCACCUGCCUCCGCCACCCCAGCAGAGCCAUGCGGUGCCCAACGGAUACCACUUCACCUUUGGUGGUAUUGGCAACGCCAGCCCGGGGUCUGGCUCUGGUGCCAGGGCACCCAGGUACUACCACGAGGCAGAUGAGGAUGAAUGGUGCUAG